AGAACUGCCAUCUCCAACAUUUGCUUCAAUUUCCUCUUCCUACACUGCUUUUGAUUAACCAAUAAUAAUGGGUAGUUGGAAGUCCCUGCUUCUUGCUGCAAUGCUUGUUUCGUCCCUUCUUGUGGUGUCCGAGAGCCGCGUGGCCAGGAAGGAUUUGGGCCUUGACCUGGGUGGGGUUGGCGUUGGGAUUGGAGCUGGAAUAGGCAUUGGACUUGGUGGAAGUGGUUCCGGCUCCGGCUCUGGCUCUGGAUCAAGUUCAAGUUCGAGCUCAAGUUCGAGUUCUAGUUCUUCUUCUUCUGGGUCGGGUUCUGAUUCUGGAUCUGAAGCAGGCUCAUAUGCCGGGUCUCGAGCGGGUUCUGGAUCGGGUGGUCGCGGUGGUGGAGGGUCAGGCUAUGGUGGAGGAUACGGGUCGGGGUAUGGAGGCGGGCAUGGAAAAUGAGGGUGAUAAUUAAAAAUGUGGUAUUGUAACGAAUUAAUAUGUAAUAAGUAAGCUUGCUAUAAUGGUUUGGUUGAUGAAGGUUAAUUUCUACCAUGUAUUGUAUUCGCAUUUCACAAAUUUAUUAAUAAAUCAGUUAUGAAAGAAUAGAUUGUCAUAAAA